AUGGCUUCACUUAUAAAGAAUCAAAUACUGAAACAUCUAUCCAAAUUCACCAAGAAUUUGUCGACUGAUAAAAUUAGUUUGAGUACGUUGAAAGGAGAGGGAGAAUUGAGUAAUUUGGAGCUAGAUGAACAUGUCCUGACUGAAUUAUUAGAUUUACCAACAUGGCUGAACAUCAAAAAGGCUACCUGUAACCAUGUUGGAAUAAAGAUACAAUGGACAAAAUUAAAGUCACAACCUAUUGUUUUGUGUUUAGAUGAGAUCAUUGUAGAGAUGGAAACUUGUGAAACACCAAGAGAACAACCUAAAACAGAAAAUGAUAGCAAUUCUAGUUAUAGGAAUCAUGGUAAAUAUGGUUUUAUAGAUAGAGUUAUUGAUGGUAUCUUUGUUCGGAUUAAUUCUGUUCUAGUUAAACUGGUUUCAAAAACAUUUCAAGCUUCUGUAGAGCUAUCUCGUUUAACAGUUCAAAGUAUGACACCACGUUGGAAACCAUCAGAAAACCUCAGAGAUUCCAGAGCAAAAGAUACUGAAAAUGAUGCCAUAUUAUUAUUUAAAGAAAUAGAAUGGCAGAAUACCAGGAUACAUGCUUCCUCUGUUGAUAUCGGCACCACAGACUUUUCUUCACCAUUAAGAUUAAUAGCAAACCAGGCUAAAAUUAGAAUAACUAUGAAGAAAAAGAUUGCAGAUUCCAGUAUUAUAGCUACCCGUCUACAACUGUAUCUAGAUGAUUUACUCUGGGUUUUAACUAAAACACAAUUAAAAGAAGCUAUAUUAUAUGCUAAUUCACUAUCUAAGAUAAUAGAAAAUUCAUCAGCACAGAGUAAACAGAGAGCUGCUGAAAAAUUACAGGUACUGAAAAUCUUGUUAGCAGAAGAUAAAUCACCACAAACUUUAAGUCCUAGUCAUGGUCCACAGCCACCACCAGCCAGAUCUCCUCCAUUAUAUUAUGAUGUUAAAUCUACAUCUUAUCAUGUAUUUAUUAAUCCUAUAAAUCUACAUUUAUGUGAUGAUAGCAAUAAGGAUAGAUUAUGGAAUAUUGAAGGUGGUUCUAUGCAGAUAACAGUAUAUAAAUUCUGUAUGGACUUUUAUCCUUUUCAUCCUGCAGGCAGUGAGAGAGAUCAAUGGCAUAAUUAUGAAACUGUUGGUACCAGAAAUUCCUGGGUUCAAGGCUUAUUUGCAGAAUUUAAGAAAGAUGCUGUUAAUAUUAAAAGCAUGGCUGUUAGUGCCCAAGUCACUCCACUAGCUAACCAAAGACAAACUAAACCAGGAUCAACUGCAAGACAACCUCAGUCACCAGCCAAAUCCAAACAAACUAAGCUACUAGAAAGUUGUUGUGUAGUCAAAGUAAAAGAUAUAGCAGUAUACAUGGUUUCUACUAGUUCAACUAAACAAUCCACAUUACAUAAAUUCCUAGCAGCAGAUAAACAAGUUCCCCUACCAUCUGAUACCUGUACAUCUUUAAUCCAUUUACAAUAUACUGAUUAUUUCUUCCCAGAGGAAAUGCAGUAUCCAGGUAUGAUCUUUAUCAUAUAA